AUGGACGGCUCUGAUCCACCCACCACCACCGGCCCCUCCGCCACAAUCGCCGCCGCCGGCGACCGGCCUCCGGAGACCACCGGCUACGGCGUCGCUGAGCAUACGGCCACGGAGCCCCACCCAGACCGGUGCGAGGCGCUGGCUACAGCUAUCGCGGGGGUGUUAGGCGGCGCGCUAGAGGAGCACGAGGCGCGCGCCGCGGCCACCGCCCAGAGCCAGGGCGAGCUCGCCGCCGCCAUCGACCGUCUCAACGGAGAACUAGACAAACUAUUGGAGAAUGCACCCUCCCCGGUAAUAGCACAACAUGCAGCAAGGAUUUCCACUAUCCGCAAGAGAGUUUUAGCACUAAACAUGCUACUGAGGUCCAUACAAAGGCGUAUAGAUAAUAUGGACCGAAUGAUAUCUACUGGUGUUACAAGUGAUCAUUCAUCUCGUGUACAAUUGCAAAACAAGAAUUAAACUUGGAUUGAGAGUUGCCAUUCAAUAGCAGUUGCGGCCCGACAUCUUCACAAGAGGCUGUACAUAAUAGCGAAGAGUGAUGAUCGCAACUGCCCUCCAAAUUCGCAUC